GCCGUUGACGAUUCCGUCCUCCCACUUCAAACCGUCGAGACUGCCUGUCGGAGCAGCAAUGGCUUGAAUAAUAUCAUCACUCUUCUUUUUUUCUUGGCUUCCUGUCUUCUCUGCGUUGGUCUCGUCCAGCAUAGCCUUGCAUUCCAUCCGCAUCCAUUUCUUUUUUUUAUCGUUGCUUUUCCCGCCCGAGAGAGACCAAGGCAUUCCUUGUCAUUGGGUCGCCUCAGCUCCCCGGCAAUCGCUUGCUCUGGCAACCAUGGCGGGCCCACAUAAUAUCAUAAAUGCAGAUGCUACCGACCGCAGGGAGCGACCCAAGUCGGUCCUCAAGUCCUUCAUCCACCGCCGCAACAACUCGGGCGGCACGGGUCUGGCCUCUUCCAUCGCGACAGAGCACCAACAGUCCCAGGAAGGACCACGGGCCUUCAACGACGCCCUCUCGCUGCCCUUCUCGCCGGCGAGCCCAGUCGAGAUGGGAAUCCCGGGCUUCCAGCGCCCUCUGGGCGAGCUCCAUCACAACCAGCAGCAGCAGCAGGACCAGCCUCCCCGAUCGCCCCAGAAGAGCUUUGUCAACAUCUCGCUCAAGUCCCUCGCCUCCAAACAGUCCUCCCCGACGAAGCCCAAGAAGACCAAGUCGUCCAACAACCUGACCACGCUCCUCAGCCGCCCCAAGUCGUCCCACAACCUCAAUAGCCUGCAGGGGGAGGGCGGCAAGCUCCUCAAAGACAAGGAGAACCGCACCCCGGAGGGCACCGUUGCCAACGGGCCCGCACAACCUCCCCCGAUAUACGCCCAGUUCUGCUCUAGUGGCUCUGGGGAACAGCUGUCCGGCCCUCAAGGCCCCAGAGACGUCUUCAUCAACAGUGCCGGGGACUACGUGUCGACCUCGUCCACCAGCCUGGGCGAGUCCAUCGACGCCAAGCCGCCUCUGAAGCAGAGGCCAAAAUCCUUCCAGCCUUAUGGCAAGCCCAGCAAGACAGAUCUGGCCCAGCAGGCACAGGCCAAGCUUGCGCAAACCGGAGUGGUCGGCGGCCCCCGGGACCCUCCACCCGGGGCCGCAUUGCGGUCCCAGAAAUCUCAGACGUGGAACAAGAAGGAGAAGACGACGCGCGGAAAGGUCAUGAACGCCUUCUCGGGGCUUGCCUCUAGGACAGCCAGGGGCCCGGCGUCAGGUGCCCUGAGCCCUGAGCCGACAAUGGAUCCGAAGGACAUCGACACCCACCUCGAGGCCAUGCUGGACAGGCGCAACAUCCCCGAGAACCAGAGGUACAAGAUGCGCAACCUGAACGCUACCAUCAAGAUGGAGUUUGUCCGCCAGGACUGGGCCGAAACCCAGGCCAAGGCCGAACAACAAGGGCAGCAACAGCAGCGGCAGAGCUCCGAAAGGGACACAGACGCCAUUCAGAAGCCUGGCGCCGGCUCCACCAAAGACAAAUCGAGCAAGACCAAAAGCGGCCGUGGCAUGAGCUUCACGCUAUCCAAGGGGAACAAGGCAUCGUCAUCGCCGACCAAGAAGAAGACAGAGGGCACGCUUGGGCGGCACUUCCGGUCCAAGUCGAGCGAGAGCGUCGUUAGCGACACCAGGCCUUCGUCUGGCGGGUCGGGCUCGACGGGCGGCGGCUUCUUCUCCAAGACCAAGUCACAGCCGACCCCGGCAGACUUCGUGUCAUAUAUGCGCAAGGUGCAGAAGCCUGAGCAGGUCGAGGUGGGCAAGCUGCACAAGUUGCGGCUGAUCCUUCGCAACGAGACGGUUGCGUGGAUCGAGGACUUCAUCCGUCAGGGGGGCAUGGCCGAGGUUGUCGGCCUGCUCAGCCGCAUCAUGGAGGUCGAGUGGAGGGAGGAGCACGAGGAUGCGCUGCUGCACGAGAACCUCUUGUGCCUCAAGGCGCUCUGCACCACGGCGCUGGCGAUGCAGUACCUGCACACGAUCCAAGGGACCUUGUUCCCGGCGUUGCUGGGCAUGAUAUUCGACCCGGAGAAGAAGGGACCGAGCGAGUUCACUACGCGCAACAUUAUUACAUCGAUACUCUUUUCCUACAUCGAGAGCGCGCCGUGGCAGGAGCGGGUCUCUCGCGCAGCCACUGUGCUGUCGUACCUGCGGGACCAGGAAGGCAAGGAGGAAGAGAGGCCCGUCAGCUUCGUGCUGGACAUGCGCAAGGAGCGGCCAUACCGGAUCUGGUGCAAGGAAGCAGUCAGCGUGACUAAGGAGGUAUUCUGGAUCUUCCUGCACCAGCUCAACGUGGUAUCGCUACCCGCCGGCAAGAGCACCAAGGGCGGCCAGCCGCUCGAUGGCAUCGUGUCGUCCAUGUCAGUCGCAGCAUCGGCACCAGCAUCGACGAAACCGUCCAUGAUAUCAGAUAUGCCGCCUCCCUCCACGACACAAGACCCCCAGGUGGCCUACAUGAUGCGCCAUUUCCCGCAGGAGAGGCCGCCCGUGCCUGCGGCCCCCUACGUGGGCGGGGUGGAAUGGGACGCGACCAACUACCUGGCGUCGCACUUAGAGCUUAUGAACGCCAUUCUGGCAUGCACUCCAGGGCGCAUGUGCCGCAACGAGCUGCGCGAGCAGCUCAAGGUAUCGGGCUGGGAGCGCUGCCUGGGCGGCAGCCUCAGGCUAUGCAAGGAGAAGUUCUACGGCGCCGUGCACGACGGCCUGCGUACGUGGGUCGCAGCCGCCCACGACGACGGCUGGGGCGUCCGAGACGUCCGCUACGGGCCCCCUCCACCCGAGCAGCCCCGGAGUCCGCCCAAGUCCAGGGGUCUCACGCCUGAUGCCCGAAAGAAGCUCGAGGAGCCCGCCCCCAAGCUGGACAUGCCAAAGCUGGACCUGGGGCUUCCCGGAGCUCCUGGCGGCGGGGUACCUCUGCUUCCUCCCACCUCGGGCAUAACCGCUGUCGCUUCUGCGACUUCGGACCGCCCGCGGGAGGACGGCAAGACGCACGAUUUCUGGCUGUCUUGAAUAGAGGCGGUCUGAAAAAUCGACACCGCCAGCCCUAUUUUUCUUGCCUCUUCCUGCCUGACGCGGUUUAGACUCUGCACAGGGGCAUAUGGACGCCACCUCCAUUGCCGGGAGCCACCUAACUUGCGGCAAACCCCGGUGAUGGAGUCAGGCAUCGUCUAGCUUUUUCUGCCUUGCCGGGGCUCUGGGUCACCCGGCAACUUGGGUGUGGGGGAGGAGCCUGAGGUGGCGUACGCUUAUUCUGCGGGCGCAGCGCACAAAAGAUUCAUCACAGAUACGGCAGAUCGCAUGGCCUGUAUCGGUCAGGCACGGCGACAGGAGUCCUAUCUUUUCUAUUGCCUCAUCAGAUUGCAUCUUUCUACACUUUGGCUCGAGGGAAAUGCCGAUCAGGAUGCGAGGAGAUAGAGAGCUGAGGGAGGCAAAGAAGUGUGUGUGGGCGAGGGAAGUCACCUCCCUGUUCUGGAUUUUUCACCUUGUUGUUUUUUUUGUUCCCAGGGUUUUUGGCCACUUACUUGUUCAGGAGUUUUGCGCCUCUUUUUUUCUUGUGCUCUCUUUUUCCCUCCUUCAUUUCCCUCUCUUCUUCCGUUUCCUCGGGCCCUCACUUGUCUGUCUCACCUUGUCAUUGUUUUUUUUUUUCUCUUUUCUGAUCCGACUUGGGAACCAAGUAUGGAUCUCAAUAUCUCUCACAAGCCAGACAUGUAGCUCAUGAUCACAUGCCUAAUGAAUCCAUGAUUUUCAUGAAAAAAAAAACAAU